AUGGAUCGUUUUAACAAAACCGCUUUAGAAAUUCGAGAUCUUAAUCCCGCAGUGGCACUCCAUCAUCUGACGACAGAUUUGAAGCCCGGGCCAUUCGUCAAUAACCUGUGCAAAAAACCCCCUUCAGACAUGAAUGAACUUCGAAGACGAGCCGAUAAAUAUAUGCAGAUGGAGGAGUUGGCUGAGUUCCGAAAUCAAGCCCGAGCUGAACCAUCGGGAAAGUCUGACAAGCCAGUAGAACCAUCUUAUCGGGGGCGAAAUAAGGAGAUAACUCUUCGUGACCGACCAACGCGGGGUCCGAAAUACACUCAUUAUACUCCCCUCAAUGCAAGCCGAGCUGCGGUGCUUGAACAAGCUCUAGCAUCAGAGGUGUUGGCCGUCCCAAAAAGAGCUGUCACGCCACCACGCGCCAAUACUAGCAAAUCUUGUCGGUAUCACCGCAAUAGGGGGCACUCUACCGAGGAGUGCGCGGCCCUCCGAGACAGAAUCGAGGAUUUAAUCAAGCAAGGCCAGCUUCAUAAUUUCGUUGAUCGGCCCGAUUCGCAUCAAUUGCGCCAGUAUCAACCUAGACACGACCGACCUCGACAAGACCGGGCUGAUAGACCUCGCCACGACCGAAGCUGGUCACGCGAAAGGAAAGAUGAGCCUACAGCUUCCCAUAGGCGAGUCAUCAACACCAUCGCCGGGGGGUUUGCCGGUGGAGGCUCAACUUCUUCGGCACAAAAGAGGCAUUUGCGCGCCGUUCGUUCGGUCAAUGCGGUCGAUAGACAACCCGUUCGGAGGUUACCAGCAAUAACAUUCACUGAUGCUGAUUUUCAAGGAAUUGACCCCGUGCAAGAUGAUCCAAUGGUAAUUAGUGUUGAAAUCCACAACUGCAUAGUGAAGAAAACGUUGGUGGAUCAGGGUAGUUCGGCCGACAUUUUGUACUGGAACACCUUCAAGCAGUUGGGCAUCUCGGAAAAGGAGCUCGUUCCAUACGAUGACCCUCUAGUUGGUUUCUCGGGAGAAAGAUGCCCUUGA